AUGGCCAAGGGCACGCGACGACGCGCGCGACUUCGAGCGCUCAGGGCGUCGAGCUCGGGCGCGGACGUGGCGAUGCCCACGGCGGGGGCGCCGAGCGAGGGCGUCGGCGAGGGCGUCGCGGCGGCGACGUGGACGACCUCGACGUCGACGCCUGGGACGGGGGACGCGGUGACGACGACGGCGAUGACGACGGAGACGCGGACGAAGACGCCGAACGUGCGACGAGCGAUAGCGAAGAGGAAGAAGCUGGCGCGCACCAAGGCGCUCGCGCACGCGGAGCGCUCGGCGACGAGCGUCGAUAGGAAGAAGAUGCGCAAAGGGAUGCGCCACGCCGCGAAAGAUUUGUACUGA